AUGGUUAGAGGUCUGCAGUGGGCGAGCGGAAGACUUAUUGAAGUGGACACUGCGGAAGAAAUGAUGGCUGUUGUGCAAGAGUUCCUUCAAGAGAUUCAUGACAUUGAACAUAACCAGCCAUCAUCUGAGGAUGCACACAGUUAUCAGUCUCCCUUUCUGAGGAGCGGUGGUGUAGGGCGACCAAGGCUGGACAUAUCUGUUGACCAGCUCAACUUUCUACUGUCCCUCAACUUUACUGCUCGCCAAGCUGGAGACAUUCUGGGCGUGUCCUAUUCAACAAUUAAGAAUCGACAGUUUUCCAUCUCUCUUAAAGGUCAGUACUCCAGGAUCUCUAAUGCACAGCUUGAUGAGCAGAUUAGAGAAUUGGUUGGAGUCAAUUAUGAACUUGGACCAGAGGCAGUCAGAGCAAGGCUGUAUGCAGAGGGCUUUGUAAUCCAGAGAAGAAGAGUGAGAGCAAGCAUGCAAAGGAUCGAUCCUGAGGAGGCAGCCUACAGAGCGAUGACUCAUCGGUUUCAGAGGAGGGUAUAUCAUGUUGCUGGGCCAAAUUCACUGUGGCAUAUUGAUGGGAACCAUAAACUUAUCAGGUGGAGAGUUGUGGUUCAUGGGGGAAUUGAUGGGUUUAGGAGACUUGUGGUGUUUCUUCAAGCCUCCAACAACAACAGAAGUGCCACAGUCAUGGACCAAUUUGUGAAUGCCACAGUCCAGUAUGGUGUACCUUCCAGAGUUCGAUGUGACCAUGGUGGGGAAAACAAUGCCGUUUGCUUGUUCAUGGAGGUCUGCAGAGGAAGUGCGAUGAGAGGCAGGAGCACCCAUAACCAGAAGAUCGAAAGGCUGUGGGGAGAUGUUUGGAGAGGUACCAUAAAUGUCUACCACUCUUUAUUUACUCUCCUGGAACAAGAUGGCAUGAUUGAUCCUAUAAAUGAGAAGCACAUGUGGGCCGUACAUUAUGUAUACCUACCACGCCUCAACAGGGAUUAGAAU